AAGUCUCUCUUACAACACCUUGACGUCUCUUUUGAAUGAAUGACUUCGACACGCCGGAGUUUUCAUUUAUUCUUCCAAGAAAAAAACCAUGAGUGAAAAGAAAGGCCAUAUUGGCCGCUAUUGCCUGGUUACCGUCGGCGCCACCGUUGGCUUCAAAGAGCUAACCGCGGCGGUCCUGCAUCCGAGCUUUUGGGAGUUCCUUAGCUCUCGAGGCUUCACCCAACUCCACGUACAGUGUGGGCCAGACGUGCCAUGGGCCACCGCGGAGCUGGCUUCCCACAAAGAUGAAGUUCCAUCGAGCCUUUCCAUUUCCGUCUUCGAUGUCACGAAGAACCUCAUGAAAGAUGAGAUGACGCUGUGCAAGGCAGUCGACGGGGAGCGACGCCAAGGGCUCGUCAUCUCGCAUGCAGGCACUGGGACUAUACUCGACGCAUGGAAACUAGAUCUGCCCAUAAUCGUGGUCCCCAACACCCUACUUCUGGACAACCACCAGACCGAAAUGGCCCAGCACCUAUCAAAGGAGGGAUACGCAAUUCAGAGCUCUAGCCAGCCCAAUGAUCUCCAAGGAGCAAUCGAUAAGGUGGAGCUUCUCUGGGAGGAGAACAAGACACGCUGGCAACCCCACGAACUCUCGCCCCGGAAGAAAGGCAGACUCAGCUUAUGGGACAUUAGUGCUGGCGAAGUAGCCAAGGAAGAGAACUCACACAUGGCCCAUGACUAGAGGGCGGACAUGUUGAGGAAUGUUCUUCAAUACUUGGGUUAAAGCACCGGUGUUUAGGCAACGAUUCACAAAGAUAUUUGGCGGGAACUACGAAUGACGUUUAACGGCGGGAACAUAUCCAUGGGGUCGGGCGUUCGGUCGAUUGAUCAUCUUCGGGUACAAAACCGCCAUAUUUUGCUUCCGAAUUUUAGGUCUUGAUAAAUUCAACGUUUUAUUCUAGGUAAUUGGGAGUCGCUCAAGGCAGGUUCUCAACAUUCCACAGCUUGACCGUCACAUCACCGCCUGCACUCG